CCAGGGAAGCCCAGCUGGAAAUGUGGCCUCUCUUUAGCCCACACCGUUCGCAGCCAUAUAGUCCAGCAGGCGGCCAUGGCAACGCACCCCGACGCGCGGGACGCCGAGCUCAGCAGCGGCAGCGACGCGCUGCCCGAGGCGGUGCCCACGUGGAGCACCCGCCGGGCCCUGGGCGGCGCCGCCGUGGCCUGCCUCGCCUGCGCUGGCGGCGGCUUUGUGGCCCGGCGCCUCAUCGACGACCCCCUGCCCGAGAUGGAGCGCGACCUCAGUCUGCUGCAGGUGCUGGCGAAGCCGCGGCGGGAGGACUGCGCGGCGACGACCGACGACUGCUUUGAGGCCGCGUGCUGCGACGUUGCCGGCUACACCUGCUUCGUGACGGAUACGCCUGGCAAGGCCAAGUGCUUGAAGAAUUGCUUCAAGAGCGACGGCUACGCGUGCACGGUGCCAGUGCCGAAGGCCCGCGAGCCCAUGUAUCUGGACGAUGCCAUGGCGACUGGGAGUGCGAUGUAUUAUUUUUUCGUAAAGAUAAUGUCGGACACUGGCAGCGAUGGCACCGUCCCGCGCCCGGAAGAGCUGGGCUUGCUGAGGGCAUCGUACGACAAGGGCAUGGUAAUCUUCGAUUGUGGGAAAAGGGGCAUCUUCAGCGACGCGGGUGACGACCUGAAGCCCUGCGUUCCCUUCGUGGCCGUGGACGACGUGGACCGCGAUUUCCACAUCCUGAAGCGCAAGGAGACGGCCUCUUGGGUCAACACAGGCUUGCACACCCAGGUCUGGAAGGCGAUACUGGCAGCCGGAGAGUACAGGAGCGCCGACUGCGUCGUGAAGGCGGACUGCGGCGCAGUGUUCCUGCCCAGCCGCCUGAGGCCCUUCCUCGCCGCCCAGGGCGUGCCCAAUCCUCUGCACGGCGUCCCUGGCAUCUGCCUCGAGAACUGCAAGCUCGUGAAGUGGGUUUGGUUCGGGAACCUGGACUGGAGAUCAUGUCGCUGA